AGAUGAUGGGAGGCACUAGCUCCAUCAACUGUCAGGCUCUUAUCCCGCCAUCCGCCUCUGAUCUCGAUGCAUGGGAGAAGAUUGGGAAUGCGGGGUGGAACUGGGAGGUCAUGGCUCCAUACAUCCAGAAGCCGUUCACCAUCCAUCUCCCAGAUGAAGAGACGCAAAAGCACCUGAGCAUUUCCUGGGCCGAGAAACUCGCUGGCGACUCCAAGGGCCCUAUCAAAGCUUCCUUCCCUGGCGUCAAAGAAGAUCCAAUUGGAAAGGCUUGGGUGGAGACUUUUGAAGGGUUGGGAUAUUCCCUGAGCGCAAGUCCAUUUUCCGGAAAAUCCAUUGGGCCAUACAAUGGCGCAUCCACAAUCGACCCAACAAGCAAGACGAGGUUUUCGUCUAGUACAGGAUACUAUCUGCCAAUCGCUGGCAGGCCAAAUCUGAAAGUUUUCCUCAAUAGCGUCACUGAGAAAGUGCUUCUCGAGCGUAGUGCCUCCGGCGAGGAGCCAAGGGCGAGUGGCGUCCAAAUCGUUCACGACGGCGCUAAGUUAAUCGUGCAAGCAAAGAAAGAGGUUAUCGUGUCGGCUGGCGUCUUCAACUCCCCAAAGAUUCUGGAGCUCUCUGGCAUCGGAGACCCGGAUAUCCUCCAGCCUCACGGAAUCGAUGUCCAAGUAGCGAACCCUUGCGUUGGAUCCAAUCUUCAGGACCAUAUGCUGUGUGCUCUCAGCUUCGAAGCGCGGGAUGGAAUCUACACGGGCGAUGAUCUGAUGCGGAAGGAUCCAUCGGCCAUUCAGUUCGCAAUGAAUCUGUACCAGAAACACCAGGCAGGCCCAUUCACCUCCACCGGCAUAACUUCGUUUGGUUAUCUCCCAACGAUCGACUUCGUUCAUAACCCCGAGGACCUUGAUGCAGCUCUCAAGUCGCUGUCUAAAGGGACAUUAAGCCACCCGCUUGACUCUGCCCGUCUCGGCAUUCUGCGCAACCUCCUUGAGCACGGCAAAGAGGGCACUGCGCAAUACUUCCUGUUCCCCGCCCAAUCUUCUAGUAGUGGAAAGGACACUACUACCGGGUUAGGCUCCGAUCCUCAGCCUGGGAAUUUCAUCAGUCUGGUUGUCGCCCUAUCUCACCCUCUCUCCAGCGGUACCUCCCAUAUCUCUUCCGCUGAUGUGUCUGCCAGCCCCAUCAUCGACCAUCACUAUCUGGAGAAGCCGCUCGAUCUCGAAAUGCAUGCUCGUCACGUGCGGUUUCUUGAAAAUAUCGCCGCCGCCGAGCCGUUCGCGUCGCUCCUCAAGCCGGACGGACGCCGCAACAAUCCCACAGCAUUCAUCAACGGUGAUCUAGAGAAGGCGAAGGAGUAUGUCAAGUCAAGCUCGACGACAAACUGGCAUUCGGUAGGCACUUGCGCUAUGGCUCCAAAGGACAAGGGUGGUGUUGUGGACAAGGACCUGAAGGUGUACGGUGUGAAAGGCUUGAGGGUGGUAGAUGCUAGUAUCUUCCCGUUCGUUCCGCAGAGCAACACGCAGAGCUUGGUGUAUGCUGUGGCCGAAAGGGCGAGCGAUAUCAUUAAGCAAACCUCUUGAGGGGAACCG